GGCUAAUCCAAAAAAUGUUCGCCUCGAUUUCGGAAUCUCGUGUCUCUCGUGACAGUCAUGAUAGCUGAUGACAGCAGUGGAUAAGUAGAGUGGUGUUUCGAGACUUCCGAGAGUUCCGAGUACUCGCUUAAAUGAGGUUAGGUACCCUUCCCUAGGUGAGGUUAAGUCGUCAUAGGCGCGUGCCGCGUGCAACGUGUUUGAAUGCGCUAAAGAAGUCUGUACGCAUACGGUAUCUCUGUCUAUUGCAAAUUCGAAUGAAUCGAAAAUGAGCGACGAGGAGCAGAACGAGUUUUACUUCGAGUCCGAUCAUUUGGCACUGAAGGGCAACCAGGAUUACAGCGCUUUCCUGAAAACGAUAGUUAUCCUCGAGGCUCAGAGAGCUCAGGCCAUAAAGGAUCUGGACAAGCUCAUGUCCGUGCGUGCCGAGGCACUGAAGGAUCCGAUUUCGUUCGUUGCGAAGCUGCAAAACGGCGAUCUCCCAGAGCUACCUGGUCCGCAGAAGAUUCCGGAGAUUCCCUAUAUCGACUGGUCGCAGUACAACAUCGCAUUGCCGGAUGGACGCAUGAGGCCGCAAACUCGACAUGGACACGUGUUGCCUCAGAUGCAAUCAAAAAUUGAACAGGAAACUGGAAAGAUCUUAGUCAGGGGUCGUGCCUUCGAUGAGAGUAAGCCUGAGACCUUCAAUCAAUUGUGGACAAUGGAAGAGCAGAGGCGACUCGAGCAACUCUUAAUCGAGUAUCCACCGGAGGAAGUGGAAAUGAGACGUUGGACCAAGAUAGCGAAUGCAUUAGGGAAUCGAACGCCUAAGCAAGUAUCCAGCAGAGUGCAAAAGUACUUUAUUAAGCUUUUGAGGGCAGGCUUGCCCAUACCAGGCAGAGGACCUAAGCUAAAACUGGAUGUCAAGAAAAGUCUAACCCACAAACAGCGUAGCAAUCACCUCUUAUUUAAACGUUCGACCUUCUUCCCGCAUCAAGAUAUUGCCUUUAGCUCAGACGAUAGUAAGGAACAGCCUGUAGCAGAGGAAUCUGAGGACGAUACACCAAAUGGCAGUAGCGACGAUAAUCCUGAGUUAAGACAAAUAAAUUUAUUGCGCCAAGUGAAGACUGAAAAGGAACAGGACUCUCCUGCAUACAAACAUGUUGGAUAUAAAUGUAUGGUGUGUGGUGAGGAACCUUUAAAGGGUACCAGAUGGCAUUGUACAGAAUGUCAUAGUGGAAUUGAUCUAUGUGGUGAUUGUGCAGUAGCACAAUUGGAAGCAGAAAAUCCCUCACACGAUCCAUCCCAUAGAUUAAUUCCCAUAAAACCACCAUCAUAUACCAGAAGUUAUGACUUAGAUUAUUUUCCCCAAAAUUUUAGUAACUCUUCCUACAAUUAUCUUGAUCCAAAUUUUCUGCCCGAAUAACUGAAAUAGGUAAAUUUCUUCCAAAUGAAAUACAAUGUACAAAAAAUAUAAAUAAAAAAUAAUUUAUUAAAAA